CCUCCCUCUCUACCAAACCAAACCAAACCAAAGCACGAAGUGGAAGAAGAAGAAGCAGCGAAAGAUCGAUUAUCUAAGAAGCAAAAUGGAACAAUAAAACCCUAAAUCGAUUCUAAAAUGCCUCCGAGGAAGAAACCCAACAACGCCUCAUCUUCAUCAUCAUCUUCCUCUGCUACCUCCUCCAAGAAGCCCCUUCCACAACCCUCCAAGUACGGCAUCCAGCACUUCUUCGACCGCCACACGCAACUCACCUCUCAGAAGCAGCAGCAGCAAGCCACCACCAAUGUCACCUCCGCCGGCGAGGUUCUGUCUUCUUCGCAGAACACUCCGCCUGCGAAUCCGCCCUUGCCGCCGCCGCCGGCCAAUACUGCUGUAGAGACUCCCUCACUGUCUGAGGUGUCUCCGGAGAUCUCGAAGUCCGUGUCGCGUAAUAAGCGCGUCAAAUUCUCGCCUGGAAUGUUUAUCAAGCCGAGCCAGGAUGAUGGGGCUGAUGAGGUUACAUGGAAGAUAUCUCCUGUGAAUGAAAGGCUUCAAGCAGUAUCGAAACAAAUGCCUGAGAUAAUUAAAGCUUUGGCCGAGUCCUCGAGGAUCAACUUGUCGCCGAUUCACGGCUGCUCCGAAGAUGAGACGUUUCGGGAUAAAGAUGGCAGGGUUGAAAAGUUGCUUACUAAUACAUCAAUUCCUAAUGGUUCCGCAAAACCUCUGGUGCCAAUGAGUAAAUUAGGCCCGCAAAGGAUUAACCCUGGCCGAGACGUGGAGUUUAGUGUCAAUUCAACGGCUGUGAGCAGUUCUGGAGUUUCUGGUGAUGAGAGUCCCUUCAGAACUCCACCGUCAUUGUCCUUUCGCCAGGAUAAGGUGCAGCUUGCCAAGGGUGUUGAACAUAGUGGACCAUCUGACCAACUUUUCCUAAGACAGCACAAAAAGGCAUUGCUUGAACUAUUAGAUCAAGUUGAAGAUGCAAUCACUGUUGACAACGAUGCAAUUUGUAAUAAAACCACUUAUUCCUUCAAAUCUCAAGAUGAAAUUGCUAAUGACCCUGCCAGAGCUAACCAUGCAGUAGAAAGGACAAAGUCACACAAGCCUAAAGAGGCCACUAGUGUUCUCUCCAAUUCUAGUUAUUUGGCUUUGGAGGUAUCAGAAAAGCACAGGCCUGCUAAUUCCUCUUCUGCUCAAUGCCCAUACAAGGUGCUCCGAUUACUAAAUGAAAAAACUGGAGAAGAGCGGGUUGUAAACUUGAGAGAUGAGUGGUCUUACAGUGUAAUUGCACCUGGGGAUACUGUGAACAUAAUCGGUCAAUUUGAUGAAGGCGGAAAUUGUGAUAUUGAUCAUGAUAAUAAUUUUUUGAUUGUACACCCAGAUACUUUAGUGUCUGGCACACGGGUUGCUGCCAGUUUUAGUUGCCCAAGGAGAACUGUCUUAGAUGAGAGGCUAAAAUCCAAUGAUUACUCAACUGCAGCAUUAACUGGAACCUUACUUCACCAAAUUUUUCAGGCUGCGCUUACAAACGAUAGUCCUACAAUAAACUUUUUAGAAGAUUACACAAAAGUGGUUGUGCAGAGAAAUAUUGAAAGUUUGUAUGCAUGUGGAGUAAAUGAAAAAGAUGUUCACAAGACCUUGGUUGGUUCUAUCCCAAGAAUAUUAAGUUGGAUCAAGCGGUUCAAAAAUAUGGAGGAAAACAAAGACCCUAAUGUAAAUUUUCGAUGUGACGAGGGGCUGAAGCAAGUUGUCAUAUCUGAGGUAAUAGAUAUUGAAGAAAUGUCAUGGGCUCCAAAAUAUGGUUUGAAAGGGAUGAUUGAUGCUUCGGUCAGAGUAAAAGUUCAAUCAAGAAAAGAUGAACAAGAGGAGAAGAUCAUGCCAGUGGAGUUCAAAACCGGAAAAUCACCAAAUAGUCAGUCAUCAGUAGAACAUAGUGCCCAAGUAAUUUUGUACACUCUCCUGAUGUCUGAAAGGUACCAGAAGACUAUUGAUUCUGGUCUUUUAUAUUAUCUCCAAUCAGACCAGACACAGGGUAUUAUGGUUCAAAGAUCUGACUUAGUUGGACUAAUAAUGAGACGUAAUGAGCUAGCAAGUGAUAUUCUUAAGGCAUUAACUUCGCAACAACUGCCACCAAUGUUGCAGAGUCUUGGCAUUUGCAGAGGUUGUCGCCAUCUUAAUGUCUGCAGCAUUUAUCAUAAGGCCCAUGGUGGAAGCACAGAGAGCAGUGGAUUGGGAGAUGUGUUUGAUUCUCAUAGUAAUCACCUGACAUCAUCUCAUUCUAAGUUCCUCUGCCAUUGGGAUCGGUUGAUUGACUUAGAAGCUAAAGGGACUGAGCUCUCAAAGAAAGAGGUGUGGCGAUCACAUAGUUUAAAGACUCGAAACAGUGGUGGCCUUUCUUCUAUUGUUCUUGAUGCUUCACAAGGAAUACCUCAUCAGAAAUCUCUUAAAGAUAAUUGUUUCGUCUAUCGUUUUGUACAAGAUACUUCUUGCCUCUCUGAUGUUUCUGAUGGUGAUCCUUCUAGUGCUGCUUUGAAAAGUGAUUUAGAUCUCACACUUAAAAGUGGAGACCAUGUGAUAUUAAGCAAUGAAUCUAGCCAUCAAACUAUUGCAAAAGGGGUGAUCUCAGAUAUUAGUCAGAUCCACGUAUCAGUUUCUUUUACUAAGUGCUUGCGAAUUCCUGGGAGGCCUUCCACCACACAUGAUCUCCUUCAACAAGUUUGGAGAAUUGACAAGGAUGAAUUUGUGACCUCAUUUGCAAUUAUGAGGUUUAAUCUCGUACAACUUUUUCUUCAAAAUGAUCAAAGUGCUCAUCUCCGGAGGAUGAUUGUUGACCUUGAGGCUCCUAGAUUUGACAGUGGAUCUAUAGUUAGCCAGGAUCCAGCAAUAUCCUAUGUUUGGUCAGAGAAGAGUUUGAAUGAUGAUCAACGUAGAGCCAUUCUCAAGAUACUUACGGCAAAAGACUAUGCCCUUAUAUUAGGGAUGCCGGGAACAGGGAAGACAUCCACCAUGGUCCAUGCUGUGAAAGCCUUGUUGAUUAGAGGCACAUCCAUUUUGCUAACAGCCUAUACAAAUUCUGCUGUUGAUAAUUUACUCAUCAAAUUAAAAGCACAGGGCAUUGAUUUUGUACGUAUUGGAAGGCAUGAGGCCGUGAAUGAAGAGGUCAGAGGUCACUGCCUCUCAGUAACGAAUGUACAAAGUGUUGAAGAUAUUAAAAUAAGGUUAGAACAAGUCAAAGUUGUUGCAGUUACUUGUCUGGGCAUCUCCAGUCCCUUGCUUACUAACAUGAGAUUCGAUGUAUGCAUUAUGGAUGAAGCUGGACAGACAACUUUACCGGUGUCCUUGGGCCCUCUAACAUUUGCUUCGACGUUUGUUCUUGUUGGGGAUCAUUAUCAACUUCCACCACUUGUCCAAAGUACAGAAGCCCGAGAGAAUGGCAUGGGGAUGAGUUUAUUUUGUAGGCUCUCAGAAGCACAUCCACAGGCAAUUUCAGCUUUACAGAGUCAGUACCGUAUGUGUCAGGGAAUUAUGGACCUUUCAAAUGCCUUGAUAUAUGGUGACAGAUUAAGGUGUGGUUCAUCUGAGAUAGCUGAUGCAAAACUUGAGUUUACUGGUUUCAAAUGUGGUGUGCCUUGGCUAGAGAAUGUUUUGAAUCCAGGAAGGCCCGUGAUAUUUAUUGAUACUGACAUGUUGCCUGCUUUGGAGGCAAGAGAUCAGAAGGUUGUGAAUAACCCAAUUGAAGCUUUCAUAAUUGCUGAGAUUGCAAAGGAAUUGGUAAAAAAUGGAAUUGAAGGAGAACACAUUGGCAUUAUUACUCCUUAUAAUUCACAGGCAAACCUCAUCCGGCAUGCUGCUUGCAUAACAUCCUUGGAGAUACAUACCAUUGACAAAUACCAGGGAAGAGAUAAGGACUGUAUAUUAGUUUCUUUUGUGAGGUCUAGUGAAAACCCAACAAGCUAUGCUGCUUCUCUUCUUGGAGACUGGCACAGGAUAAACGUGGCUCUUACGCGUGCUAAGAGAAAGUUGAUAAUGGUGGGGUCUCGUAGAACUCUAUUGAAGGUUCCUCUACUGAAGCUUCUCAUUAAGAAGGUUGAGGAGCAAUCUGGAAUUGUAUGUGUGUCUAAGACGGAUAUCUAUCGAAAAUGUGAGCUCAAGAGAUGUUCGCAAAUGAGAUGAGUGAAAAUUCCUUCCCCCUAUUUUUUGAUGGGUUGUGUAAUUGUUAUAUCAUUGUCCAAGUAUAUGUAACGAGUGUAUUCUAUUAUUGAUUACUCAUUCAAUAAAGUAAAGGUAACUGGUAAAAUUUGUAAAUACAUGUUAGGUUAAUUAUCAAAUUAGUCCUUAUAUUUGCAUGAGAA